CUGUCCUCUGCUGCCUCCCUUGUUGGAUUCUCUGAACUUCUUUUCAAUUUUAAUGGAAGCUCAAACCUUUUCAUCAGGGUUUCGCUCAAAUUCAACAAUCCCAUCCACAAAAAUCCCCCUCGAACGGGUCUCUAUAACCCCAGCACCUCGUCGGCUCUCCUUGAGACUUCAGCACAGUAUUUCUUCACAGAGGGUCCUCUCCACCGGCAGAUUAGUGUGCAAAAACAGUAGUGAAAGAGUAAAACCCAAUGUGGUUAUUGGGGAGGAAGAUGAUUCAAAAGCUGUGGUUAAACGGAAGAAGCUUGCCGUUUUCGUAUCUGGGGGAGGCUCAAAUUUCCGGUCAAUUCAUGAAGCAUGUGUCCGGGGAUCAGUCAAUGGAGAUGUUGUUGUUCUGGUCACCAACAAAGAAGGUUGUGGGGGAGCAAAGUAUGCAAGGGAUAAGGGCAUCCCGGUUAUUUUAUUCCCGAGAAUAAGAGAAGAACCUGAUGGUCUAUCUCCAAAGGAUCUUGUAACUUUUCUUGGGAGGUUUGGGGUGGAUUUUAUUCUUCUAGCUGGAUAUCUGAAACUUAUACCAGUUGAGUUGAUUCGAGCAUAUCCAAGAUCAAUUCUAAACAUCCAUCCAUCUCUGCUUCCAGCUUUUGGAGGCAAGGGUUAUUAUGGUAUGAAGGUUCACAAAGCAGUUAUUGCUUCUGGAGCAAGAUACUCAGGUCCAACAAUUCAUUUUGUUGAUGAGCAUUAUGACACAGGGCGAAUACUUGCUCAAAGAGUCGUCCCAGUCCUUGCCAGUGACACUGCAGAGGAUUUGGCUGCUAGGGUUCUUAAGGAGGAGCAUCAACUAUACAUAGAGGUGACUGCUGCUUUAUGUGAGGAACGGAUAAGUUGGAGGGAAGACGGCGUUCCUCUCAUCCGAAGCAAAGACAAUCCCAAAGAUUAUUAUUAAUAGUAUCAACAUCAUGCAUUAUGCCCUCUGAAAUGUUUUAGAUGUAUAUUACUGAAGGGUGUAACAUGUAUCAACAACAUUAGCCUUCGUCAAAACUGUUUGCAAUCCUUGUUUCUGAGUUCUGAAUACAGAAGACAUAGGUCGAUUUGAAGUCUUAUGAGCACGCAUAUCUGGAGGUUGGUGCAUAUAAAUUCGAUUCGAGGAAAUUUCGCCUUCCAAUUCUCAAAAUGGUUUUAUUUUGUGUAUAAAGUGUCUGGUAAUACCAAUAAGAAUUUGAUCGCGUU